CUCGGGGACCUCAGUGGGAGCACAAAGGCAGCCGGCUGCACGCGGCGCGGCUGGCCGGGGCGAGAGAGCUGGCUGCGCCUACGGCCGCGUGCGCCUUCCGUCGCUCGUCGGGCCCUCGGUGGCCGUGUCGGGCCGGGCUUCCUCGCGUGCAGCUGGCGCGCGGCCUCCGGAUGUUGCACCUGCGUGCGCCCAUCAGAGAUCUCCAGGAAAAAAACAGCAUUUCAGGUGGGCUCGAGAGCUCGUCUCAAGAAGAGCUCGUCUCAAGAAGAGAGAAGCCUGGGCGUCGUCUCGGAGCUUCCUGUUUCGCCUCCUGUUCGUACGUCCGGCCCUGAAGUACGGUUGAAGCCAACGCGUGGAGUGAAGCCAAUUACAUUGCUUAGCUUCGAGUUUUCUUGUUCUAAGCAGGGGUGCAUCCAGCCACGCGUGCGCCCAGCUCCCUACAUCUGCCGCCACGCCCGCCGGCGCACGCUGCGAACCCGAUAGGUGCUUCUCGUGCCCGCUCUUCCCCCGCCCGGCUGCGCCAAAACCGCGCGCCGGACACCCAAUUCGUUGCCGCCCCUCCCUAUGGCGGACUUCAGCGACCGCGGCAAGCACUGCGAGGACCCCUACUGCCGCCAGAAGGACCUCCUUCCGCUCUGCUGCGACGCCUGCGGCAAGACGUAUUGCUCGGUCCACUUCAGGUACCAGGCGCACAGCUGCCCCAAGGGUUUCGCCGGCAAGGACCGGCGGGCCAUCGUCUGCCCCAUCUGUGGCAAGGGCGUGCCCAUGCCGGCGGGGGAGGACGAGAACGCCGUGUUCGCGCGGCACGAGGCCUCUGCCGACUGCAGGCGGCACACCGUCGAGGCUGCAGCGAAGCCCCGCUGCCCAGCGAAGGGCUGCAAGGAGAAGCUGACGACCCUCAACGCUUUCAAGUGCGGCACCUGUGGCAAGCAGGCUGCAAGGUGGGCGGAGACCGUCCCGGGACUGGCCCUUUGCGGCGUCAGAGGCCGGGGCGCCGUGCCGCGGAGCGGCCAAGACGUUCCUGAGGAGCAUCCGCACCAUGGUGAAGUGAGCGCUUUGCACCAGGGGCCGCACGAGGCGGAUGAUGAUGAUGAUGAUGAU